CAGUUUGGUUCAAGGCUGUCAGCACCCCCACUAUACAAAUGGUUCCAGCGCCCCUGAAUUCAUCCGCCUGUUGUUUCUCUCACAGACACCCUGCUAUGACUCUUUGUUUGCGGCGUACAGCCUCUUGCGUGCUCCCGGGGGAAUAUCACCGAUCAAUCAAAUGUACCGGGUCUGCUCAAGAGAAAACGCUGCACAGCCUCCGGCUAAACCCCUCAGCUCAGGUGAACGCUGCACAGUCUCUAGGGUCCCCACACGGCGGUGAUACGGGGGGCAGAUACAAGAGUUGUAAACCAAGUGAAAGAGGAAGGGAGACUCAGGACAUUUAAUAGACAGGGAGAACCCAGGAGGUUGUACCAAUAAGGGGUUUACUUGCUUCAAAGACCUGCCUGAAGCUCUGCGUCCCCGCCGCCUUGGUUGCCUUGUCACCUGAGGCUACCCGGUGGCUCCCCUCCCUGGCUCUCACCUCCGCUAUGUUCCUUGGACCCCGGGCUUAGCCGGCUCUUCCCAUCCACCUGCUUUCCCCGCGGGCUUCCCGGGACAGCGAUCCCCGCCAGGGAAUCCGCGCCGAGGCGGUUCAUUGCCCCUCCGCCAAUGGAAACAGCCCCGCUCAGGUGGCGGUGGGGGGACGGGACGUGCAGCUGAGCCUGCCCCUCCCCAGCGCGGGGUAUUUAAAGCGGCCCCCGCAAGCCCAGCUCCCGGGGCAGACGCCAUGGCGGAUGAGGCCAUGGAUAGUUACCUGUACUCAGCCUACACCCCCUACUCCUAUCGCUACCAGCCGCCCAAGGGCAAAGGGCCCCCGGGCGCCUGGCGGCAGCGGGGCACCUACUUCUCGGGCUAUGGGGACACGGCGGCGGCGGCCGCGGCCGAGUACUUCGAUAACUACCAGCGGGCGCAGCUGAAGGCGAUCCUGUCCCAGGUGAACCCCAGCCUGACGCCGCGGCUCCGCAAGGCCAACACCAAGGAGGUGGGGGUGCAGGUGAACCCGCGGCAGGACGCCUCGGUGCAGUGCUCGCUGGGGCCCCGCACCCUGCUGCUGCGGCGGCGGCUGGCCCCCGGGCUGCCCCCGCUGCGGCCCCGCGAGCAGGAGCAGGGCAGCUCCGCCACCACCAGCGGCCGGCCCGUCCGCUUCCCCAGGACCAUCGCCGUCUACUCGCCCAUGGCGUCCCGCAGACUCACCACCUUCCUGGAGGAGCCCGAGGAAGCGGGGCAGGAGGCGGCCGAGGAGGAGCCGGAGGAGGCGGCGGCGGCGGCGGCCGAGGAAGAGGAGCAGCAGCGCACGGAGGCGGCCGCCGUGCGGGCCAGCUGGGAGCAGCCCCCGGGGAGCAGCGCGGAGCCGCAAGAGCCGCGGCCGCCCCAGCAGCAGCCUCCGCAGCAGGAGGUAGCGGAGGAGGCGGCGGCGGCGGCAGCAGCUGCCCCGCCGCAGGAAGGCCAGCAGGGGGCCCCCGAGCGCCCGGCGGGGCAGCCCCAGGCCGCAGCCCCUCAGGAGCCGGAGCAGGGCAAGACCCGCCUGCGCUUCCAGUUUCUGGAGCAGAAGUACGGCUACUACCACUGCAAGGACUGCAACAUCCGCUGGGAGAGCGCCUACGUGUGGUGUGUGCAGGGCACCAACAAGGUCUACUUCAGGCAGUUCUGCCGGACGUGUCAGAAAUCCUACAACCCCUACCGCGUGGAGGACAUCACUUGCCAGAGCUGUAAGCAGACCAGAUGCACCUGCCCUGUGAAAGUGCGCCAUGUGGACCCCAAGAGACCCCAUCGUCAAGAUCUCUGUGGGAGAUGCAAAGGCAAACGUCUUUCCUGUGAUAGUACAUUUAGUUUCAAAUAUAUUAUUUGACGGGAUACUAGUUUAAAGAAUCCUGGUGUAAAAUUGCAAUCAAAGCAGUUUUUCUUUUGAAAGAAUAUAUAAUAUGGUGGGGUAUACCUGGGCAAACCUACAAAUAAAGGUAUGGCAAAGCACUGUUAUAACUGA